AUGGAUUUCCCCUUCUGUGCGGUGGUAAACACUGAUUUCUACCUCGUGGUGGUGUUACUUGAAUGGCAUAAAGGGUAUCGGGGUCUAGCACAGAGCCUGCCACUUAUUCAUGUUCCAUCCCCCAGCCGUUACUUCUGCCCCUCGUUCACCAGGGUGUUUGGACAAGCAGUCCUGGGGGUGCAAUUCUCACCUUACACUGCCCUGCAUCAGACUGCAUUCACCCGCCUGGGCCCCCAACCCACCACAGACACUCACCGAGAGCCUUCGUUUGCACAAAUCCCAUGGCGGCACUUGGGGUUAAAAGGGCGAGGGAAGCUCCAGGGCCCUCGCUGUCACAAGCUGCAGACAGAAGGGAAAUGUGAGAUGUUUACACAGUGUGGAUUAAAAACCAAUAACAAAUACAAAACUAGUUCUACUCAUUGCAUUUCUGACGAGCUAUUUGAUCCACUAUUGUUUAAGUUGCCAUCUCUUUUCCCAGCGAUUCCUUGUGGGCCACCCCCAGCCAUUGCCAACGGAAAUGUCAUUAACCCCUACAGAGAAGAUUUUCCCUAUGGAACCGUGGUGACCUAUCGCUGCCAUCCCGGACAGAGAGGGAAAAAGCAGUUUGAGCUUGUGGGCAACCCAUCGAUAUAUUGCACCAGCAAAGACAAUCGCGUUGGCACAUGGAGCAGCCCUCCGCCUCAGUGCAUCAUACCUAAUAAGUGCACACCUCCAGACAUUGACAAUGCAGUGAGGGUGUCUGAGAACAAGACCUUAUUUUCCUUACAUGAAACCGUGAGGUUUAUCUGCGAGCCCGGCUUUGUCAUGAAAGGACCCUCCAGCGUGCAGUGCCAAGCCCAAAACACAUGGGGGCCAGAGUUGCCGAGCUGCUCCCGAGUAUGUCAGCUGCCUCCAGAAAUUCUGCACGGAAUGCACAGUGCAGAAAACCAGGCCAAUUUCUCCCCAGGGCAGGAAGUGUCCUACAGCUGCGAGCCCGGCUAUGAUCUCCGAGGGGCAGCGUCUCUGCGCUGUACGCCCCAGGGAGACUGGAGCCCAGCGGCCCCAAGAUGUACAGUGAAAUCAUGUGCAGACUUCCGGGGCCAACUCCCUAAUGGCCGUGUGCUCUUACCACUGAAUUUCCAGCUUGGGGCGAAAGUGUCCUUCGUUUGUGAUGAGGGGUUCCACCUAAAGGGCAGUUCUGCUAGUUACUGCGUCUUGGUUGGAAUGGAAAGCCUUUGGAAUGACAGUGCUCCUGUGUGUGAACGUAUCUUUUGUCCAAAUCCUCCCUCUAUCCUUAAUGGGCAGCACACUGGACCUUCUCAGGGAGACUUUCCUUAUGGAAAGGAAAUAAAUUACACGUGUGACAACAACCCAGCAAGAGGGAUGACCUUCAGCCUCAUCGGGGAGAGCACCCUCCGCUGCACAAGUGACGAUGAAGGGAACGGGAUUUGGAGCGGCCCUGCCCCUCGCUGCGAACUUGCUGGUCCUGCAGGUCAGUGCAUAUUUCCUUAUGUCCCAUCUAGAUCAGAAUAUCUGGGUGAGAACCUCCCUAUUUCUAUGGGGACAGUCAUUUUGGCUUGGGAACGUGACUUUCUUAUAAAAAGCCACAGACUAUACAACGCCAAGACUGAACCCUGCUGUAAACCAUGGACUACAGGGGAUAAUGAUGUGUCAGUAUACCGACUUAUUGGUAAGACCUCUAUUGCAUGCGUCAUCUCAGGCAAGACUGUCACCUGGGAUGACGAUCCACCUGUUUGUGAGA